GGUUGGAUGAAGGCGAGUCUUAAAAGUUUCUUCAGGAUAGACCAGAUCCCUUCAGACGCAUCUGGACCACAGCAGCAGCAGGACCGAGUCAUGGAGACUUAAAUCCACCAAUAACCAGCCCAUGUACGCGACGGUGUCACCGGCACUGUUUCCCGUGGAGAGCACCCGCCGCCGGCACAAAUACACGCACGUACAGCUCCACUCCCACCACGGUGAGAGCGCACACAGCGGGUGGGGGAACCAAAAUGAACAUCCAGGUUGUGCCCGAACACAAGCUCUCGUCGGUGGCCCCGCUCAAGCAAUGCAACGUGGAGAAAAAAGAGGUCGAGCUCUUGCUGGUGAAGGACCAGAACGGCGUCCAGUACACCAGCUCGUCUAUCGUGCCGGCGCCCGGUCGACAUGCGGGGCCGCCCGGAUCCAUGUCCGAGGAGGAGCGGGAGAUGUGGGGGAAGAAAAUUGACUUUCUGCUGUCUGUCAUUGGCUUUGCGGUUGACUUGGCUAACGUCUGGAGGUUCCCUUACCUGUGCUACAAAAAUGGAGGGGGAGCCUUUUUGAUCCCUUACAUUCUUUUCUUGGUCAUCGCGGGAAUGCCAUUGUUCUACAUGGAGCUGGCUCUGGGCCAGUACAACAGAGAGGGGGCGGCCACCCUGUGGAAGAUCUGCCCCGUCUUUAAAGGUGUGGGCUACACGGUGAUCGUCAUCGCUUUGUACGUGGGCUUCUACUACAACGUCAUCAUCGCCUGGUCGCUCUACUACCUGUUCUCCUCCAUGACCGGAGAACUUCCGUGGCUCAAGUGCGACAACAGCUGGAACAGCCCCAACUGCACCGACCCCAAGGUCAUCAACGGAUCGGUCCUGGGCAACGGAACCUCGUACGCUAAGUACAAAAUCACGCCGGCGGCAGAGUACUAUGAACGUGGUGUUCUGCACCUCCAUGAAAGCAGAGGAAUCGAGGACCUCGGCCUCCCUCGCUGGGAGCUGACGUUGUGCCUGGUGGUGGUGCUCUUCAUCCUCUACUUCAGCUUGUGGAAAGGCGUCAAGUCCUCGGGGAAGGUGGUCUACAUCACGGCUACCAUGCCCUACGUGGUCCUGUUUGUGCUGCUGAUCCGAGGGAUCACCCUUCCAGGGUCUAUGGACGGCAUCCGGGCCUACCUCCACAUCGACUUCAAGAGGCUAAACAAUCUGGAGGUGUGGAUCGAUGCAGCCACCCAGAUAUUUUACUCACUAGGCGCAGGAUUUGGAGUGCUCAUCGCGUUUGCUAGCUACAACAAAUUCGACAACAACUGCUACAGGGAUGCUCUGCUGACCAGUACGGUCAACUGCGUCACCAGUUUCUUCUCAGGGUUUGCCAUCUUCUCCGUGCUCGGGUACAUGGCGUACAAACACGGUGUGAGGAUAGAAGACGUGGCGACCGAGGGAGCAGGAUUGGUGUUCAUCAUCUACCCGGAGGCCAUUUCUACCCUCCCUGGCUCAACAUUUUGGGCGAUUGUGUUUUUCAUCAUGCUGCUGACUCUUGGCAUCGACAGCUCAAUGGGCGGCAUGGAGGCAGUCCUGACAGGCUUGACGGACGACUAUAAGAUCCUCAAGAGGAACAGGAAGCUCUUCACCUUCGCUACAGCUUUCGGGACCUUCCUGCUUGCUCUGCUGUGUAUUACUAACGGUGGAAUCUAUGUGCUGACUCUGUUAGACAAGUACGCAGCUGGGACCUCCAUCUUGUUUGCGGUGUUGAUCGAGGCCAUCGGAGUGUCGUGGUUCUACGGUGUGGACCGCUUCAGCGAAGAUAUCGAGCGAAUGAUGGGAUUCAAGCCAGGACUCUACUGGAGGCUGUGCUGGAAAUUUGUCAGCCCAGCUUUUCUUCUGUUUGUGGUCAUCGCCAGCACGCUGACUUCAUCGGGCCUCAAGUAUGACGAGUACGUCUUCCCCAAUUGGGCCAACGUCAUUGGCUGGGGUGUCGCCAUGUCCUCCAUGCUGUUUGUCCCGUUCUACGCCGUGUACAAAUUCUGCAGCGUCCCGGGAACCUUCAAAGAGAAACUGGCCUAUUGUAUCACUCCCGAACAUGAACAUCACUUGGUUGCAGAAGGAAACGUACGGCAGUUUAAACUCAGGCACUGGUUGGCCAUUUGACGAACACCCUCACUCCUCGCAUCCAUCCAUCCAUCCAUCCUUGCAUCUGUCACUGUGGAGUCAACCAGGCAAGGAGGGUGGGUCUUUAGCUUUUUUUUUUCAUCGCAUUACGUUUUUUUUUUUCAGCAGUUAGCAGCUAGCACUUGAUAUCAGAGAGUGAAUAAAUCAUUAGAUGGCUGACAGAUUACAGAAAAAUACCCUAAAUGCUCCAAUUAUACCCGGGUGUGGGUAAUCUGCAAAGAGGACGAUUAAUUGGAAACAUAGAGGCUGUUAUUAAUGAUUUGGAGUCCAUGAGAAAAUGUCAAAAAAGCAUGGCAGUCUUUGACAACAUGGCAAUUUGUUAAAGCGGAUGUAUUGUGCUCAAUUUCGGCCCUUCGUAUUGAGUUGUGGACUCCUAUAGAGCAGCUACACACAAUAAGCUUUCUAGAUCUUCCAGACUCUGCGCCUCUUUCUGCAGUCUUUCCAUGGACUUCCUUUACUCCACCCCUGGCCCCUACUCUAGGUACACACUCCAUUGUGAUUGGUCACAUUCUCAAGCGCUCCUGAGGACUUCUGGAUACGUAGGUUCGUGUUUACUGAGUGACAUCAGGGAAACCGAUCAUGUGGAGCCAUCCAGAACUUCUUUCAGGGCUCACUUCCAAAUGCGCAAACCUCAUUCUAUGGCGAUUUGGAAUUAUUUAAACACGAAAAAUACAGAAAAAUACGCAAAUUCAGAAAAUUGGAUAAGGCAUAGUAGGUCCCCUUUAACAAAAAAAGCAGAAACAGAACCGAUGUAAGACAGCCUACAGCUUUUUUUUUGGACCUGCCCCUGUGGUUAUUUGCUACUAUUUGUUAUUGGCGAAUAUGGUGCAUUUAGGGUAUUUAUUUUAAUUUUGUAUUUUUUUUUUUUAACAAUGUUGACUGUUAUCUCCUGGAAGGCACUGAAUCAAACAUUCAAACCAAAAGCUACAUUUUAUGUGUAUUUUUACACGGAAAACUCACCUGUUGUUAUUUUUUUCUAGCCUUUAUGAAUGCAUGUACAUUUUCUUUUUUUUUUACAUUUCUAUUGAUUUUUUUACAGUUUUGUUGCCAGUGCCUUAUCGAGUGAGACACUCCAUAUUUUUUUUUACAGCGGUUAAAAACAAAAGAAAAAAAAACAAAAAAAAAAUUAAAUGCUUUGACUCAGGAACCCGCAACAAGAUAUUUACGGUAAAUAACCAUAGACGGCAAUCUCUCGUUUUUCCAUCUUUAAGGUCAAAACAGGCCGCAUUCUUUUUAGUGUCCCACUGAAUUAAAAAAAAAAAAACAACAACAAAAAACGAUGAGGGAAAAAUGCAUAACUCCAAAGAAAAAUACUGAAUGAUUAUAAAUGGUGUCUUUUAUGAUAAUGAUGAUUAUGGUUAUCUGUUCAGUGCCUAUGAGGACUAUAUGUGGCUCCAACGAGAGACUGUGUGAUUGUGUUGUUUUCCACAAAGCAGGGUUUCCCAGAUUAAACCCAGAACCUUACGACAACAACAACAACCGUCAUCAUUACAUUGACAUAGUCUGUGCAUUAACUAACGAUAAUUAGCACAACAUAUACCUAAUUAGUCAUUGGUUUAUUUCAUUGCACAAGGAAGAAACUACAGCCUUUGACUUGUUUUACCAUUUUUUAAAGUAAUAUAAAAACUAAAUGUAAAUGUAAAAAAAAAUGGAUGUGCGGCCUAUUUUGUGCCCUUACCUGCAGUCUGGGGAACCUUGCUGUAAUGUAAGCCUGAAUGUCUUUUUUUAUACAUACGAUAUUUGCUUUAAUGUAUGUGCAUAUUUUUUUAUUGCCAUCAAAGUGCCAUAUUAAAUAUUAAUCUGCUUUUUUCCCCCCUAAAUUAUUUUGUGUUGAAAGGAGUAAAAAGCCACAAAGGUAAAAAUAACGACAACCAAAAAAAAAACAAGGCUAUUAAAUGUGGAGUAUAUAUAAAAAGUUAUAAAAGUAUAUAUUCUUUUGUUAUAUCUAAUCUUGUAUUUAUCAAACGGUUUAUAACAGAAUGUGAAUGUAAAGUAUUUGAAAUGUUUUCCCUGUCAUAUCACGGUGUUUGAUGUGUUAGCUCAUGUUAAGAAGAAUUAAGAAGUCAAACUGUUCUUCAGCGGAAUCCCGGGUGUUCACGGCCAACGACGACACCCUGGCUUUCCUGGACUAUGUUUACAAUAAAUAGCGUGUAUAAUAAUAAUAAUAAUAUACUAUAAUGUGACUGUUUGAACGUGAGUGACAAAUAUCUAUGAAGAAGUAUUCACACUAUGAUAAUAAAGUAUUUCUUCUACACCAACA